AUGAAGAACACGUCUCCGCUCUACGUGCUCAUCAAACGGCCACGUCCAUCUAGCUGGCAGCAGUUUCUGAGCCAGCCUUGCGUCUUUCUUGCGCGCAAGCUUUACACUUGGCUACCAAGACUCCCAGCCCAGCCGCUAACCAAGCUUGUCUCUGUCAUUUGCAUCGCUGACACUCAUAACGCGCAACUCGCUCUCCCAGAUGGAGAUAUCUUAAUUCACGCUGGGGAUUUGACCCAGUCAGGGUCCUUGAAGGAGCUGCAAGCAGCCGUGGCUUGGCUACGUGUCCAGCCGCAUCCGAUCAAGAUAGUUAUCGCUGGCAACCAUGACCUUUGUCUUGACGCCAAUUUUCAACAUACCGCCGGUCAUACGUCUUCUGCCGAGGCCGUUGACUGGGGGGACAUAAUAUAUCUCCAAAACACAGAAACAACUAUUACAUGCCAGAAUGGGCGCUCGCUCCGUGUUUACGGUAGUCCAUACUCGCCCCGCCAUGGCAACUGGGCCUUCCAGUACCCUCGCACCGAGGACAUCUGGAAAGGUGAGAUACCAGAUAAUAUCGAUAUAUUGGUAACACAUGGCCCCCCGCGAACACAUCUGGAUCUCUUGAACCUCGGCUGUGUACAUCUAUUACAAGAAAUCUGGCGUGUUCGACCGCAUUUACAUAUAUUUGGACAUGUCCACGAUGGUGCGGGAACUGAAUGGCUGCAGUUCGAUUUGUUACAGAAACUUUACGAGCAAACAAUCAUCUCGGGGGGCGGGAUCUUCAAUGUUAUACAGAUGGCUAGAGAAUUCUUGCGAUCAUUCUUCAACUCUUCCACUGAAGCCAAAUGCCUACUUGUGAAUGCAGCCAUGGUGGGCGGCCUGAGGGAUGAUCAGCGUCGGCAGCCCGUAGAAGUUAUUAUUUGA